CACUUGCUGGCAUGGACGGCUGUUGGCUGCUGACGUAACGGAUUUCACUUCCGGGUUGCCUACGGUGUGGGAGAAAGCUAAAACUUGAGCAGACGCAUCAAUGGUGGGGAAUAAAGAGCCGCACCCUGGACUCGUUCCUCCAUAAACACCGUGUCUUUGUUGGACCUCCCUCUGCGCUCCUCCCACCUCCGCGUGUUUAUAUUCCGUCUGUCUCUCAUCCGUCCUCAUAUUGGACAGUUUGCGUCCAGCCUGCUGCGGGAAGUCAACAUGUUUCUGUUUGACUGGUUUCCAGCAACCAGCUGGACUUUGCUGGCUCUCUUCUUCACCCUCUUUAUUCUGUAUGGCAUUUGGCCAUAUAGGUUUUUCAAAAACCUGGGGAUUAAGGGUCCAAGACCUUUGCCGUUUAUUGGAACAUUUCUACAUUUCAGAAAGGGAUGGCUCAAUUUUGACCGUGAAUGCCAGGCCAAGUACGGGGACGUCUGGGGGAACUUUGAUGCACGACUACCAGUUCUGAUGGUGGCAGACCCUGAGAUCAUUAAAACUGUGAUGGUGAAGGAGUGCUACUCUGUGUUUACCAACCGCAGGGAAAAUGCCGUGCCGGGACCUAUGGGUGAUGCAAUCACAGCAGUUAAAGACGAACGGUGGAAAAGAAUUCGGACCUCUCUAUCACCAUGCUUCACCAGUGGGAGAUUGAAACAGGUUUUUCCCAUCGUCGCUCGCUAUGCAGACCGACUCACCGAAAAACUUGGAGGAAUGCAUUCGGUGCCAAUCGAUGUCAAACAGUUCAUGGCCCCUUACAGCUUGGACGUUGUGACCAGCGCGUCCUUCAGUGUUGAGGCAAACUCCAUAAACAAUCCAGACGACCCGCUGAAUGUUCAUCUCAAGAACAUCCUUAACUUCAAAUUGUGGCCUGUCUUUAUACUAAUGCUUUUUCCCUUCGGCGCCCGUCUGCUAAGACUCCUGAAACUCGAGAUGCUGGAUAGAGUCAGUGUGGAUUAUUUCUACGACGUCAUCAAGCACUUCAAACACCAGCAUGGGGAAGACGAAUCUACACGAGCGGACUUCCUGCAGGUGAUGAUUCAGAACGAGAUACCAGAUACGGACAUAAAGAGUGAAGAGGAUCAGCCGAGCAAAGGUUUGACUGAGCACGAGAUCCUUUCUCAGGCUUUAAUUUUCAUCUUUGGCGGCUAUGAGACCACCAGCACCACUCUCACUUUCCUCCUCUACAACCUGGCCACCAACCCUGAUGCCAUGCGGACCCUGCAGGAAGAAAUCGAUGCCAACAUCCCGAGAGAUGCUCCAAUCCGCUACGAGGACCUGCUCGGUCUGCAGUACCUUGACCAGGUCCUUUUGGAGUCACAGCGUUUGAUCCCCACCGCGCCUCGGCUCGAGAGGGUGUGCAAGAAAACCACCCAGGUCCACGGCCUCACCAUCCCCAAAGACACCCUGGUGGGCAUUCCGGUUCAAUUGUUGCACAUGGACCCGCGCUUCUGGAGCUCACCGGAGCUCUUCAGGCCCGAGAGGUUCAGCAAAGAGAGCGGGGAGGAGGUGAACCCGUACGCGUACAUGCCGUUCGGCCUCGGCCCACGCAACUGCGUCGGGAUGCGCUACGCUGUCCUCACCAUGAAGACGGUCCUCGUCCGUCUCCUGCAGAGCUACAACGUGGAGACGUGCAAAGACACCAUGAUUCCGUUGGAGUUUGACUGGAAGGCCCAGCCAGUGCAGCCAGUGAAGCUCCAGUUUGUUCCCAGAGAACAGUAGUUAAAGAGGGAGCUUCUGAUAACAUCUCCUGCUUCUGAAUCGCUCAAGGAUUAGAGCUAGAAUUAACGUGAUUUUAAUGCACCUAAGGCACCAGAUUUUUCUCGCAAUGUUGAUAAAUCCAAUGUAUUUGAUAGAUUUAAUAAAAGUGAGUCAUUUUUAUUGAUGUCAAAAGAGGCAAAAGUCUUCUAUUGAUAUUUUUUACGGCAAGUUUGCGCAGCUCUUUCACACAUAAAUGGAAAUAAAAUAAAUAUGGUUCAUGAUAUAACCUUUCUCUCUAACAGAUUUCCCUACAAAAAUUGUUACUGUUAUAAUUUACCAUUAAAGCUUUCACUGUAAAACGCUUACUUAAAAUGCUUCUACCAGAAUUUUAAGUUUUCAUUGUAAAUAAAGAAAUGAAAGAUGA